AUAUAUAUAACACAAAAUAUGAUGUUUCUUAUUCAUUCACCGUUCAUACAUCUGUAACAUAAUGUUUUCAAAAACGUUUAUCAGACUGACUGUAGUGUCAUUUUUUAUUUUGGCAGCAACUAUAGCCAUAAACGGAAAACCUUCGGAAAUAGUUCCAGGAGAAAAUGACCCUACAAAGCAAGCUUACCAACCCAGCCAGGCAUGGGCCGCUAAACCAGAUGAGAUCGGAAAUGAUCUACUCCGCCAGGCAUGGACCAUUAAUAAAUAUGGGCCUGAUGCAAAUCGCUCUCUAAAAUCUGCUUCGGACGAUAGUGCUUCAAAUGAUGGUAAAAAAUCAGGUUGUUCAAACUGUAGCUGCACCAUAUUGUAAAAGAGGUCAGAUGUGAGUAAUUAGUAUAAUUAAUAUUUUUUUAUGUUACAAUUUUAUAUUUUUAAACUAAAGAAUGCUGAUCUGUAGUUUAUCCUCACUUAAUUUUAAAAAUAAUAUUUUUACCACAAAAUAAUACAUAUUGUAAUUGUCGACUAGGUAUUUUAUUAGUACCUUUCAUAUUUAUAUUACUUUUUAAGAGUCAUAAUUAUUAUCUUUUUACUGUAAUACAACAUAAUAUUUAUAUUAUAAAAAAUGUCUUAUGAAUUAACUGUAAAAUAUUAAUUUUUAACAUCUUUCUUAUGUAAUACAUUUUUUAAGAUUAAACUUGCUAUUAAGUGUAUUUACGCUCAACAUUAUAAAAAA